CACGCCUGCGCGCUCUCGACCUGCGCGUGUGAAUUUCCUUCUUGUCACUCGCAUGUGUUACAGUGCGAUAGAGAAACUGUUCAACAGUCACAGUGUUAGACAUGGAAAGAGGAAGGAACAUGAAGAUGCACUUUUUAACGGCGGUGAUAUUAGCAGGUUGGAUGAUAUUUGGAGGCAGCACAACGAGCACUGCACCAGCAGCAACUACAGUUACAGUUGCAACUACAUUCACAUCACAUGUAGCGACAUCACCAAAUACCACAAAUGCCACUGAGGCACAAACAACGACUGAAUCUGUCUCCACGAUCCGCAGUACAAAUGCAACAACCGCUGCGUCCUCAGAAAACGUGACCAUGAGCACUACGAACAGCUCCACACCAACUCAGACAACAGCAAAUGCAACCUCUGACUAUAACGCUACCUCUGCAGCGACUGAGGUCACGAGCGCGGCCCUCAACGCGUCCACAGUCACAGCGAGCUCGGUGAAUCAAACUCAGACUGCAUCCUCUUCAGAGAGUCCUGGCUCACAGAAAACAACACUGGGAAGCACACACCCGGUUAUUACUACUGGCAAAGGCACACCUUCUACAAUAAUUACUGCGAUUACAACGGUGGCCUCUACUUCUACAUUGUUAACAACAAUAACUAAAACAACAAUAAAAGCAACCACAAAUACGGCAACAUUCGAAUCAAAACUCACAACUUCUGUUGAAGAAGAAAAGAAGGACCCAGAGGCCCUGAGCUCAGGAAGUGUCGCUGCCAUCAUAAUUGGCUUUCUUGCCAUUGUGCUAAUUGUACUUGCUGGUGUGUACUACUUCAAAAUUCGACGCUCUUCUUACGGACGCCUUUUGGAUGAUAGUGAACACAGCUCUGUGGGGAAUUUUCUGAACCCAAUGUUUGAUGGCUAAAUGGGGAAGCAUUCAUGAAGAUACAUUCGUUUCUGAGGAACAACUUACACGUCUUUCUUAAGCAGUGAAUAUGGUAACAUUAGAUUCUAUAUUUUGGCCCCAAAAUAAGAUGAUGCACUGACCAGAAUCAUCAAGAAGUUUUAGAAUGUAUAGGCAAGACUUCGACUUCCUGUGAGUAUUACUAUGAAGGCAGGUUACAGGGCAUUUUGGUCCUGUUCGAAGGAAGUUUUUUAAGUGACGUCCUUGAAAUUUCCUUUUUGUGUGUGUGUGUGUAAUGUGAUGUCUCGAGUAAUUUUUGUUGACUUAUUCACGUUGCUUGCUCUGUUUGUCUCAUGAUCAUAAUUUUGAGUGUAAAUAAACCACAUUACUAACAUUAGCUGUAAUUUUUCUAAAUCAAAUCCUCGCAUCUCAAACAGGCCACUUGCGAUCAUUAUCGGUCUCAAAGAGUGACCUUAUCAUAUACCAUAAUUACAGCUGUGGCCUCCCACUGUUCAUCCCUAACGCAAAGACUGUUUAACAUUUCUGUAGCCUCAACAAUAACAGAUCUUUCCCCUUGUCAUUGUAAUAGCAGGGAUCCACAAGCAGCGUGCAAUUAAGCAUUUAAACAGUCAAGACUUAAAAAUAAGCCAUCAAGCAAAUGGAGGCUCAUUAACAAAACAUCUGGUGUUCUGGCUUGUUUGAGAUUGGGUUCAGUUAGUCGUGCUACAGCAGUUUACCGCAUCCAGAAAUGUAUUUGUGAAUGUUUAAAACCAUUCAUUUAGUUUCCUCUCCUAGUUUUUUGUUGCCUGUUUAACAUCAGCCACUGUUUCCUGUUUUUGCAAAUGCUCUACUUUCAAGAAUGGUAUAAACCACAUGAACAAUGUCUAAAUCACUGGUCUAAAGCAGCAGCAACUGAUUGUAAAACUGUUGAUGUGUUUGUAAAAUGUUGAAAUUAAAAAUCACUAAUAAAUUAUAUCAUAUAGUAGA